AUGCCCCCUUUGGACCGCGGGCAAAACGUGGUCUUCAUCGUCGACCCAGGCGUCAUGUCCGAGCCGUCCGAAGCCUACACCCGAGCACACAACGUGUAUUCGAGAACACCGUCGGUGUUCACCCACGUGAUCACCGGCAGCGUCAAGGCUGCUGGGAUGUUCGCCUCGGAGUUUCCAGGGGUAGCGACGUUCGGGUGCUUCGACGUGGGCUCAUACAAGGCCGGCCAGUGUAUCAGGUCGCAGCUGGCCAAAGCCAAGAUUGGCCGGUACCAGGCCUGGGACCUUCUUCCUCGACAGUGUGAUAUGGAAGCUCGGCUACUUUUCCGACAUGGAACGGACGAGGAUCAAGAGCUGCUUUGCUGGAGAUUGGGAGUGUCGGCACUGAAGCGGCGAAAAACGUUGGGCGUCACCGCCGGGCACUUGACCUACAUCGUGGGACGUGAAGUUUUUCACUUCUGCCGGAGCAUCAAUCCCAUCGAUGCAAAGCCGCACAAGCACCUGACAAUGCCGGCCGGGUCUGGUGACUCGUCGGCCAGUUGGCUGACGAUUCCGCUCCCUCACCCCACACUGCGACCAUUGGUGAGUAAGGCCGACAAGCAGAAGGCGGUGCUCAUGAAGUAUGACAGCAGGAACCAAAAGAAGGAUGCCAAUGCCAAGGCGCUCAACGAUGAGGAUGUUGUGCAGCAUGCAGCAGAGAUCGGUGAGGAGGAGCUGCAGCCGUUGAAUUACCUGGCGAGACAUGGCAGCUUGCACAAGGAGCUGUGGCACCUUCUGGAUGCGGGACGGCUGGUCAGCUUCAGUCCAGAGUUCAAUCAGCUAUCCGCAGCCAUGGAGCAGCGACUCUUCACCAUUGCUCUGGUGCGAAGCAGCCUCCACGAGGACCUGCUGAAGAAGGAAUUGCUCGAGUGGGUGACACAGGAGCUGCAGCGUCCUUCCAACGACCGUUUCUUCCGGCCUCAUCUGGCACCGCCUCAGAAAGACGUCGUCGAGGUGGCCCCUGCCGCCGCUGUUAACAGGGAGGCCCCGAUUGAGACACGUCCUGGGAGCACGAGCAACUGCCCGGGACAGACCGAGGAUCAGGAGGAGUAUGGCGGCGAUGACGGAGAGAUCCCUGGGCUGCUGCAGAACAUGGACGAGGACGAGGACCCGGAGGCUCAGGAGGAGUUUGAGGAGGAUCUUGAUGAGGGCAAUGCCUAG